UCAUUUUCCAAAUAUCUUCAUUGACCGCUGGUCCACCUCCGUCUGCUUGAUGAUUUACAAUAAUGGCGACGCUUUUAUUCUGAGUGUACUUCUGCGAGCCAUUUGACAAAAUAAAUACAUUUGAGGAAAAAAAAUCUAAUACAUAUGAUAAUAAACGUAGCAGGAAACAAUUAUUCCAACAAAAAAGGACUAAGCUACGCUACCUGGCUAAUGUGUUACUUAACUUGUGGAGGUGGCAUUCUUGCGGAGGCACAAGCGCUAACGUUAGCUAGCAGCUAACAAAGGUCUACAAUUUCGUGACGAUGUGGCUACUUUACAAGCUCUUGGGGUGACACUUUCUUGUGGUCUUGGGACGAAAAACAACUUAAAGGGGAUACUGAGGCGUACCAGUUGUUUCCACAACGUUACAGAACAGCUUGUGGAGUGGAAAGUGCGUGCCAUUCAACAGCUUAAUUUGUCAGCUAACGUUAACUCGCUAGCUAGCAUUUUGCCUAUCUUGGCUUUGCUUCCCAGUUAACUGCGUUGUUGUUGUUUUUAGUUGGUAAACUAAACGUCUAACAUUCACAUUACGAUACAUUUGACUAACACCUUUGUCGCUAGCGUGUGUCUGCUAUCUUGUUUUUGAACGUUACAGUAAGCAGGCUAGCCACACAGUUCGGCGUACUACUUGCAAACUAACAGGAUAUUGCUGAAUUGUCUUCUUCUGGACAACAGACCGAUUUUUCGUCGCAAAAUUAUCCUGUCGAACACAGUUAACUUUAGUUAGAAAGCUAGCACAUUCUGCUAGCUGGCAAUUUGCGAGACCUUUUCGUAAAUGACUACCGGCAGGAAUAACCGUGUGAUGAUGGAAGGAGUUGGUGCAAGAGUGAUCCGUGGACCCGAUUGGAAAUGGGGAAAACAGGAUGGUGGAGAGGGACAUGUCGGCACCGUCAGGAGUUUUGAAAGUCCGGAAGAAGUGGUUGUUGUCUGGGAUAACGGGACUGCAGCCAACUACCGGUGCUCUGGUGCAUACGACGUGAGGAUAUUUGAUAGUGCUCCCACAGGUAUCAAGCAUGACGGCACCAUGUGCGACACCUGUCGUCAGCAGCCUAUCAUCGGGAUCCGCUGGAAGUGUGCUGAAUGCAACAACUAUGACCUCUGCACCACCUGUUACCAUGGAGACAAGCACCACCUGCGACAUCGCUUCUACAGGAUCACUACCCCUGGUAGCGAGAGAGUCCUGUUGGAGUCUCGCCGUAAGUCAAAGAAAAUCACAGCCCGAGGCAUCUUCACCAGUGGCCGGGUGGUGAGAGGAGUGGACUGGCAGUGGGAGGAUCAGGAUGGAGGCAACGGAAGGAGAGGAAAGGUGACAGAGAUCCAGGACUGGAGUGCAGCCAGCCCCCACAGUGCAGCCUAUGUCCUCUGGGACAAUGGGGCCAAGAACCUCUACAGAGUGGGGUUCGAGGGGAUGUCGGAUUUGAAAUGUGUCCAGGAUGCCAAAGGAGGCUCUUUCUACAGAGAUCACUGCCCUGUUCUAGGUGAGCAGAAUGGCAACAGAAACCCAGGCGGUUUGCAGAUCGGAGACCUGGUCAACAUCGACCUGGACCUGGAAAUAGUCCAGUCCCUGCAGCACGGCCACGGAGGCUGGACAGACGGUAUGUUUGAGACUCUCACCACCACCGGUACCGUGUGUGGCAUUGACGAGGACCACGACAUUGUGGUGCAGUACCCCAGUGGGAACAGGUGGACGUUCAACCCUGCGGUGCUGACCAAGGCCAACGUGGUGCGUAGUGGGGAAGGUGUUGCGGCGGGGGCAGAGGGAGGCAGCUCCCAGUUCCUGGUGGGAGACCUGGUCCAGAUCUGCUACGACAUCGACCGCAUCAAGCUGCUGCAGAGAGGCCAUGGGGAGUGGGCUGAGGCCAUGCUGCCUACCCUGGGCAAGGUGGGCCGCGUGCAGCAGAUCUACUCUGACAGCGACCUGAAGGUGGAGGUGUGUGGAACGUCAUGGACCUAUAACCCUGCUGCCGUCACCAAGGUGGCCCCCACUGGCUCUGCUGUCACCAAUGCCUCCGGAGAGCGUCUGUCUCAGCUGCUGAAGAAGCUGUUUGAGACCCAGGAGUCGGGUGACGUCAAUGAGGAACUGGUCAAAGCAGCAGCCAAUGGAGACCUGGCCAAGGUGGAGGACAUCCUCAAGAGACCUGACGUGGACGUGAACGGGCAGUGUGCUGGACACACAGCCAUGCAGGCGGCCAGUCAGAACGGUCACGUGGACGUCCUCAAGCUGCUGCUGAAACACAACGUGGACCUGGAGGCUGAGGACAAGGAUGGAGACCGGGCGGUGCACCACGCGUCCUUCGGAGACGAGGGCUCUGUGAUCGAGGUGCUGCAGAGGGGCGGUGCCGACCUGAACGCCAGGAACAAGCGCAGACAGACCCCCCUGCACAUCGCUGUCAACAAAGGCCAUCUGCAGGUGGUCAAGACCCUGCUGGACUUUGGCUGCCACCCAAGCCUCCAGGACUCCGAGGGAGACACGCCCCUGCAUGACGCCAUCAGUAAGAAGAGGGACGACAUGCUUUCUGUGCUGCUGGAGGCGGGAGCUGACGUCACCAUCACCAACAACAAUGGAUUCAACGCCCUGCACCACGCCGCCCUGCGAGGGAACCCCAGUGCCAUGCGUGUGUUGCUGGCCAAGCUGCCGCGGCCCUGGAUCGUAGAUGAGAAGAAAGAUGAUGGUUACACCGCCCUGCACCUGGCGGCGCUCAACAACCACGUAGAGGUGGCCGAGCUGCUGGUUCACCAGGGCAGUGCCAGCCUGGACAUCCAGAACGUCAACCAGCAGACAGCCCUGCACCUGGCUGUGGAGAGACAGCACACACAGAUAGUCAGGCUGCUGGUGCGAGCAGAGGCAAAGCUGGACGUGCAGGACAAGGAUGGGGACACUCCUCUCCACGAAGCGCUGCGUCACCACACGCUGUCCCAGCUCCGCCAGCUGCAGGACAUGCAAGACGUGAGCAAGGUGGAGCCCUGGGAACCCUCCAAAAACACGCUGAUCAUGGGCCUGGGCACCCAGGGAGCAGAGAAGAAGAGUGCAGCGUCCAUCGCCUGCUUCCUGGCAGCUAACGGAGCAGACCUGACCAUGCGCAACAAGAAGGGCCAGUCCCCUCUGGACCUCUGCCCCGACCCCAGCCUCUGUAAGGCCCUGGCCAAGUGCCACAAGGAGAAGAUCAGUGGCCAGGUGGGCUCUCGCAGCCCGUCUCUGAACAGUAACGGUGAGACCCUGGAGGAGUGUAUGGUGUGUUCUGACAUGAAGAGAGACACCCUGUUCGGACCAUGCGGACACAUCGCCACCUGCUCUCUCUGCUCCUCCCGCGUCAAGAAGUGUCUCAUCUGCAAGGACCAGGUCCAGUCCAGAACCAAGAUCGAGGAGUGUGUCGUAUGUUCUGACAAGAAGGCUGCCGUGCUCUUCGAGCCCUGCGGUCACAUGUGCGCUUGUGAAAACUGUGCCGGCCUCAUGAAGAAGUGCGUACAGUGCCGGGCUGUUGUGGAACGCCGCACGCCCUUUGUCCUUUGUUGUGGAGGGAAAGGUAUGGAGGGUGAUGCCGCUGAUGAUGAUGAUGAUGAUGAUGAGGACCUUACAGGUAACUCUAACUCAGCUCUAAUGGCAGGGGGCUCGCUGGAUCUGCUCCAGCCCAACAAUCUGGCGCUAAGUUGGUCCAGCGGAAAUAUCCCGGCCAUGCAGAGAGACAAAGACAACACCAAUGUCAACGCUGACGUUCAGAAACUGCAGCAGCAACUGCAGGACAUCAAGGAGCAGACCAUGUGUCCGGUGUGCCUGGACCGGCUGAAGAACAUGAUCUUCAUAUGUGGGCACGGCACUUGCCAGCUGUGUGGCGACCGCAUGAGCGAGUGCCCCAUCUGCCGCAAGGCCAUUGAGAGGCGCAUCCUUCUGUACUAGAGAAUCCUUCUGUACUCCCCCCCCCCCCAUCACCAGCUACCGCUCUCCCAUCUAUCUCUGCGUCUUAACACCAGAAAAACAAAAACGAAUUACCAAUGUGGCUUCUUUUAAAAAUGGAAACUUUGUUAUAAAACAAUCAAACAUUGUACUGAGAGAGGUCCUUGGUGUUGUAGCUCAGCUGAAAGCCUGUAGCAGCCUGAUUCUUUGCUUUUCUCCUCAGAAUGCCGUUUCGUAUCUCUCACUCUUCUCCCCCUCCCCUCUCUGUUGUUUUCCUGUUUCUGUGUGAGAACGCCUCUUCCUGUUAUCAUUGUGUUGGGGUUAUUGGCACACAUCCCAACCCUGCCCUGUGUUGGCCUUGGGAUAUGGACUGAGGGAUAUGGUCAGAGCCACUUAGUCCCAUCUCCAAGGUCCUAUUCAUUAGGGCACGCUCUGCCUCUCCUGUCGAAGGGGGCUGCCUCUCCUGUCGAAGGGGGCUGCCUCUCCUGUCGAAGGGGGCUGCCUCUCCUGUCGAAGGGGGCUGCCUCUCCUGUCGAAGGGGGCUGCCUCUCCUGUCGAAGGGGGCUGCCUCUCCUGUCGAAGGGGGCUGCCUCUCCUGUCGAAGGGGGCUGCCUCUCCUGUCGAAGGGGGCUGCCUCUCCUGUCGAAGGGCGCUGCCUCUCCUGUCGAAGGGCGCUGCCUCUCCUGUCGAAGGGCGCUGCCUCUCCUGUCGAAGGGCGCUGCCUCUCCUGUCGAAGGGCGCUGCCUCUCCUGUCGAAGGGCGCUGCCUCUCCUGUCGAAGGGCGCUGCCUCUAAUGCUAAACCUAACCUUAUCAUUGAUUCUAUUUGUAUUUCUUAUGCAAGAGUAUUGGUAAUAGAAGCUACUGACGUGGAUAUUCACUACUUUUGUUGUUUACUCAACAUUUCAUGAUGUCUACAAUAUGAUGACAUAUUUGUGUACAUGCAAAAAUGCGAUGUCCAGCACUUUUACAAAUUCAACCAGUCUUCUGCUACACGUGCAUAUUUGAGAUGGGUUGUCGUGACAUGUUGGGGAUUUUGGGAAUGAGGCCCUUUAUUUUCCCCAGAGUCAGAUGAACUUGUGGAGACCAUUUUUAUGUCUCUGUGCAGUUUGAAGGAAGUUGCUAACUAGCGCAAUUGCUAACUAGCGUUAGCGCAAUGACCUGAAAUCUGCGUAAUAUGCUAGCAGAUACAAUAGACUUUUAGUCAUUGUGCUAAUGCUAGUUAGCAAUGGAUCGCUAAAACUACCUCUAACUUCCUUCAUACUGGACACAGACAUAAAAAUGGUACCCACAAGUUCAUCGGACUCUGGGGCAGUAGACAAAGGUCAUUGCCAAAAUCCCAAAGUAUGCCUUUAAGACCUGCACAGGGCAGGUUAGCACGCUAUCUAGGGAGAAAAACUGCUGAUUGAACAAAAGCAAAAUUGCUGUUCUGUUUGUCUAGACUUUGGAGGUCCAAAUCCACCUCAACUCUGACUGACUGAUAAGGUGGUGAUACGGCUGCAGUCCAAUCGUCUGCUAACACCUCAUCACCUGUACCUUGUUUACCAACCUCUCGCUCUGGAGAAACACAGACAGGCCAGGCAGUACAACUUUAGCAUUACAACACCUUUGGUCUGCAAUUGUUAACUCUUAAGUACAGUAUACCCAGUAUAGAAGUCAAGACAGUGUUUCAUUCAGCCUACUUAUAAGUGAAUACUCUCAUGUACCUGCUGGACAUUUCUGAGGAUUAAUUCACUUUAUUGAGCAUUUGUACAAACAUAGUAUGUCAUCAUUUAUGACACAAGUUGCUUUAGAGCUGUUCCAAGACUAUAGAUGGUAUAACCUGUCUGGUAUACAACCAUCCUAUGAUUCUUAUAAGCAUCGCUAAUAACCAUUGAUUAUUCAUGUGCCAUUGCUUCUAAAAAUUAUUUACCUGUUAAAUGUUGUUUGGGGAUAAGGUGCUCUUAAUCUGGUAUUGCUUUUAUUUAAAUGUAUUUGCAGAAUUUUUGUAAUUAACACAUUUAUUGAGCUAGAGUGUACAAUCUAAUAGAAAGCCAAGAUGAUAAAAUGUAGAGUAAAUUAUUUUGUAUUGCUGCCCACAAAUAGGAUUUAGAAGUGUAUCUCUAUAGAGCCUUACCUAUAAUGUAAUGUAGCCGCCCACUCUCACCCACACAUUCUGCUUCAAUAUCAAUGUUGAAAUGUGUCUUUUAGUUUGAUAGACUUCAAGCAACAAAAAAACACUAAGCAUUAUUUUAUCUUGUUUUGUCUGCAAGUCUAACAUGUUCAGAGUAAAUAAUGAGACUGGUGAUAAGGGAGACAAUUCUGUCAGGUUUUACAUGUAUUCUUCUACCAGUGUUUUGGGGGAUAGGAAUAAAAUGGUUCCACUGGUAAAGUUGACACUAAUAAGGCAGAUCCCUCCGUGUGGAGCCAAGCUGUUCACCUCGGUAUAAGCUGAUCAGCUUGACAACGCAAAUAAGCAAUUUUAUAGGAAAGAAAGAAAAGUAGCUUCAUACUUUUUUACUACCAGUUUUUAUUUCAACGUUCGCGUUAACAUUCUAAAAGCACUAAUAUUGCUUUAUGGUAGUAUUGUCUUGUUAGUUAUAAAGGCCUAUUUUGUACCUUAUGUUCAAAACUUAUUAUACCUGUCAAGAUUUAAAGGUUUCAGUAGUAUUCUUUCCUUUUUUUUUAGGCAUGAAUGUUUCAUGUAUGCAGUACGACAUGUAUUAUAAAGCUGGUCACUCUGUAUUUCUUAAAAGUGCUUUUCAAACCACUGUGUAACUGAAAUAAAGUUCUGAAUGAAUUUUGAGACCUCUA